AUGCCCCCCAGAUCCCCCUCCCCAAACUCCAUCGACAUAGAACUAAACGCCCUCUCCCCCACAACCUCAGACCCGGACCUCCCGCUCUCAAUGUCUUCCCCCUCCAAACCACCGCGAUGGCUCGACCCAAGACCAUCAACCUUCUUCUCCCGUCUAACUUCCUCCCCCAUCUUCCACCGCCUUAAACAAAUCCUCCGUCCGCGUAUAACAUGGCGCUACAUCACUUUCUCAGCUAUAGGCCUCUACGUCUUUUACUGCUUCAUCACAUGGCAGCCCUUCUUCUCGUCGCGAUUACCGGCGUACUCUGGUCCUCAUGACGUCGGGGCGAUAGAUCUUGAGAUCCCACUCGAUAAACCAAAACGUAUCUCCGAUACUAUCCUCAAAGAAACUGGAAAACCAGCAUUUGAGGUCGAAACUGUUCUAUUCACUGUGUAUUAUCCCGCCGUCAAAAACGCUGCUUCGCGCACUGCGCUACAUCCCUGGGUCCCGAAACCGAUCAGUCUCACAGCAGAAGGCUACGCUCGCGCCGCUAGUUUCAACAACUUCAUCACCCGUCCCAUCUUUACUUUUGCGCUCUGGCUUUUAGUCGGCAGUAUCAAGAUCCCCGCAAAAGUAGACACCCCCAUCCUCGACUCCGACGCAAAGUUCCCCGUCAUGAUCUUCUCCCACGGCUCUGUGAGUUCGAGAACUGAUUACACACACUACAUAGGCGAACUCGCCAGCCACGGACAUAUCAUUGCCGCCCUCGAACAUCGCGACGGAAGCUGUCCAGGCACCAUGGUCCAGAUCAAGAAUAAAAAGGACAGACCAGUAUUUCUCAUCAAGGAAAAGGACCUUCAGUCUACUCGACCUAUGAACGACACCGUUCUUAAGAAAGAACAACUUGCCGUUCGCACAGAAGAAAUCCUCCAGGCCGUUCAUGUUCUACAAGACGUCAACAACGGCAAAGGCUCAGAGAUCUUCACCUCCAAUUCCCGCCACGAAGGCCAAACCCUCGCCGCAUGGUCCAACCGUCUCGACUUCAACCACCUCACCAUAAACGGCCACUCCUACGGCGCAACGGGCGCUCUCCAAGCCCUCAAAACCGCAAACACCACGUCCACCAACCCGGCCAUCGGCGGAAUCGCUCUCGACCCCGGCAAAUCAAGCGGCCAACUCAACGCCGAAAUCCCCGUCCCUCUUCUCGUAGUACACUCCAACUCCUGGUCCAAGUCACACAGCAUUUUCUACGGCCGCCCACACUUUGACACCGUCGCCGAGAUAGUACGCGGUGUACGCGACAAAGUCGGCACAGCGUGGUUUCUCACCAGCAUUGGAACAGCGCAUCCCAGCGUGACGGAUGCGCCGCUGCUGCAACCGCUUCUCCUCAAUUUUGCUACGGGUGCGACUGCGGAUGUGCGCAAGGCGCUUGGGGAGUAUGUCAAGGUGACGCUGGACUUUUUAGCUUAUACAAAGAAUGGGACCAGGGAGGGUGUGCUUGGAGAGGAUGUGACGCAUGAGAAGUAUGGAGAGUGGGUGGAUGGGAGGGAAAAGACGUUUCCCAAGGAGUAUGCUAAGAACUGGGAGGUACACGUAACUCCUCUUAAGCAAAGGUAA